AUGGGUCGCAGAAAGACCUGCAUUAAAAAUAGGCUCAAGAACCUGCAUAAAAAUCCCCUUAAAGUCAAGUCCCAAGCACCAGAACCUGUCACAUCAAGCACAUCAGAGCCUGGAAUAGACUGUGACUCCAAGUCAGAAGCAUAUACUUCUGAUCUUGAGUUGGAGGACAGUGAGGAUGAGGUCAUGCAGGAAAUUCAAACAGAUUCGGACCUUCUUGCCUUUGCUGCCAAACUCCAGGCAGUACAUGACAGUAUGGUUAGAAAGGAGAGGGAAAGACAAGAAGCCACAAAGAGAAAACCAGUCUACAUGGGAAAUUCAGACCGGACAAAACGGAGGCAGAGACUCGAGGGAAAGAAAAUGGAGGCUGCUGGAUUCCCAUCCAUAGUGUCAUUCUUCCGAAAAAAUGCAGAACCUGAGAGCAGCAAACAGGAAGACAGAAUACAGAUUACCAAUAGCAACCAGGUGCAAGGAGCCAGAUAUGUCAUGGCAGAUCCAGAGAUUGUUGAGACCCAACAGCCAUCUCAGUCCGAACGAGUCACAGAUCCACAAGCUGAUGUUGCAGCUGAUUCAGAUGCAGAAUCCAAGUUCCCAGUCACAUUUGACCUUCCGGAUCAUCGAGAUCUCCCAGCUUUGCGAAGAGCCAAGGCUGAAUUGAUAGUGAGGCACAAGAAAGAUAAUCUCAAAAUGUUUAUCUGUGCUCGUGUCACCAGUAUGAUUGCUCUUAUCAGUCUGUAUAUUGAUCCAGAGCUUGGAUUUGGGUGGAUGAAAUGCUCUAAGCUUGCAGCAGAAGCAACUGGAAGAGGGGUCAAUCAUGCCCGAAAUUUACGCAGAUGGGUUGUGGACUACAUGUGA